AUGACGGUCGUCUUGACCACCGAUUUCAUUUUCUCUCGUCGAGUCGUCGGCGUCAUCAACCUCACCUCCGAGGCUCCAACUUCUUCUCAGCCGCAAGUCAGUCCACUAUCCCACCUUCAUUCAAAAACCGACGGGAAGCCGAAGCCCAAUUGUAGCUGCCAGCUACCAUUUAGGAACAAAAACACCAUGGAGGACAAAACCGUCAAAACAAUCGAUUUUCUUCGUGCACGAUUGCUAGCAGAAAGAUCCGUCUCAAGAACAGCAAGACAACGAGCUUACGAAUUGUCAAAAAGGGUAUCAGAGUUAGAAAAGCAGCUGAAAUACGUAUCCCUUCAAAGAAAAAAAGCAGAAAAAGCAACAGUAGAUGUUCUUCUGAUUUUAGAAAACCAUGGAAGAAACGAUCUUUCUGAACAAUUCAAUUCAAGCUCAGAUCAAGACGAAAUAUCCAGUCAGCAUGCUGAAACAGAAACAUCAACAAAACUACAACAUGUGAAAUCGAAACCCCAGGAAAGUGAAUUCUCAAGCUCCGAGGUUGAAUCUUCUAGAAGCUUAUCCUGGAAAAGCAGUAAAAAUUCCUCCUCACGUUUUCUUGAAAAGAAAUACUCCGAAGCUUCUAGAAGAAGACGUAGUAAUAGCUUUACAUCCACCGGUUCUUCACCAAGACGCCUUGGUAAAUCAUGUCGCCAGAUCAGACACAGAGAACAUAGGUCACCAAAUGAUGACGUGGCACAAAAUGAUGACGUGGCACAAAAAAAUGAUGGAAGUGAAAAAGACAUGGAAAGGGCGUUGGAACGUCAAGCUCAAUUUAUCGCGCGAUAUGAAGCAGAGGAAAAGGCACAAAGAGAAUGGGAGGAUAAGUUUAGAGAAAAUGACUGGUGUGACCCUGGGACCCACUCAGAUGUAACAGAGGAAAGAGACGAAAUUAAGGGUGCAGCUCCUCCGGUCAUACCAUCACCUUGCUGUAAUGACAAAACUACCCCUGGAAGUGGAAGUGAAGAAAUUGAUGCCAAAUUAAGUGAAGAACCCAACAUCAGGAUCGAGACUGAAGACCCAAAGAACAGUGACGUGGACAAUAAUGUCAAUGUGUCAGAUAAUCAAAUUAAAAACCAUCCACAACCUACACAGUUUAUCCCAGGACACGUGUCAUCUUCUCAAAACAGUAGCUUGUUGGAUAAAGGUGAAGAAACUUCAGGUAAUAAGUCAUAUGAAACUAACGUUGGAACUCAUGAAAAUCCGGGUGAAUUGGGAUCUGUUCUUGAGGCACUUCAACAGGCUAAAUUAUCACUUAGAUCCCUUGAAAAAGUUCCAUUGUUACAAAAUGGUCCCUCUGUUCCCGCUUACAGAUCCAUGGAGAAAUUCCCUGUUCCUUUCAGCUCUGUUGGCCUUUUCAGAUUAAGUUUGACUAGUCAACAACACACUGGGCCUUCUGGAGGUCAAUUUGGUCAAUUUGUUACAGAAUCCCUUUCUAGUUCAUCUACUUCUCUUGAUGAUCGAUUUCGCAUGGUCCCCACCUUCCCUUACCAAGAAACUGGUUCGCCUGCCCUUGACCCAAGAUUUGGUGUGGGCCCGCCUGCCCGUGACCCAAGAUUGGAUGUGGGUUUUGGCCCGUCUGCCCGUGACCCAAGAUUGGAUGUGGGUUUUGGCCUGUCUGCCCGUGAUCCAAGAUUGGAUGUGGGUUUGGGCCUGUCUGUCAAUGAUCCAAGAUCAAAUUUGGGUUUGGGCCUGUCUCCCCGUGAUCCAAGAUUUGAUGUGGGUGCCCGUGACCCAAGAUUGGAUGUGGGUUUUGGUCAGGCUGCCCGUGAUUCGCGAUUGGAAAUUGGCCCGACUUUUCAAGCCCGUUCAUUAUAUGGUGAUUAUAUCAGACCAAAUAUGUACAAGUAAGACUGCAUGGAACAAUGUGUAAAGUUUUUAAUAAAUUUGGUAGUUAAAAGGUGGGUUUCUUUGUUUUUUGUUGGGUUCUGUAUUUAUAAGCUAAUUAUACAAUAUACUUGUAUCAUUGUGAUUUGUGAAAUAGACUAGAUGUAUUCAUGUUGUAGAUUCAUCGGUAUCUGUUGAUUUGACUUCAGUUAUUAUGUUAAAGUUUGACUUUUAAAUACAAUUUGAAAAAAGAAUAUUUGGAUUAUAUAAUUCAUGUUCUUAAGCAAUG